AUGUGCGGCAUCGGAGUGGUCCUGUACCACAGCCGUACCGCGGAGGCGGCCGGCUCAGCCACGACCGGCAUCCCAGUGCACGCACUGCAGAGGCGCGGCCCGGACGCGCAGGGCGAGCUGGUGGUUGGCCGGCUGGAAGUGUCAGGCUACGAGCUGCGCCUCACGGCUGCAGUGCUGCACCUGCGCGGCCGCGCCUGCCAGCCGCAACCGCUGCAGUCUGCUGCCGGCGACGUGCUGCUGUGGAACGGCGAGGUGUUCGGCGGCGGCGUCGCGGUCGCCGACGGCGAGAGCGACACUGCGAGGCUGCUUGCCGUGCUGCGGGCGGCGGGUGAGGCGGUGCCGGAGGUGCUGGAGUCGGUGCACGGCCCGUGGGCCCUCGCCUACUGGCACGCGGCGAGCCGCACCCUCUGGUAUGGCCGAGACGGCCUCGGCCGGCGCAGCCUGGUUCGGAUGGAGGGCGCCGACGCCGCCGCCGGCUGCUCGACGCUCCGGCUCUGCUCGGUGGCUGUGCCGCUCCCGGCUUCCGCGGGCGGGGAGUGGGAGGAGCUGCCCGCCUGCGGGAUCGGCUGUGUCCGCCUGCUGCCCGAUGGCACCGCUUCGCACCUCUGGCUCCCGAGGCAGACCUCCACCCGCCCGCCGCCCGCCUGCCCCGGGGGGAUCGACUCGAUGGUGCUUGCGCGGCUGGCUGACCUCGAGCUGCCUCCCGGCCAGCCGAUCGACUUGCUGACGGUCGCCUUCGGAGCCUCUCCGGACGAGGCGCCCGACCGGCUGACGGCGCGCAACGGGCUGAGCGAGCUGUCCUCCCUGUCGGCUCGGCGGUGGAGGCUGGUCGAGGUGGACGGCGAGGCUGUGGCCGGAGAGACCGCCGCAGGCGCCGGCAGCCAGCGGUGA